AUGUCCUUUUUCCCCAAAAUCUCUUUCCAAUGUGAAGUUGAAGAGUAUCUCACCAAAGUGUUCAGAAAUAAUGAGCUUAUCACUGCUUUAGGUACACAGGAGGUGGAGAAUAAAUAUCAGUCUUUGUUAAGUCAUCUAUCUCAUCCACCAGGUUUUACAACUGUUAGAGUCAAUACUCACUUGGCCUCAGUGAAACAUGUGAAAAAAAUGCUAUUUGAAGAGAUCCAGAAGCAAUUUAAAGGACUACGUGUUCCAGUUCUUGAGCACCCAAAACUCCAGGACAUCUUAUUGAUUCCUGUCAUUGGACCCAGACGAGAUUUAAAAAAACAUUCAUCUGAGGUGAUCGUUGGAGCCCAGUGUGGAUAUGCAGUACUUCGAGGAGCACAUGUUUAUGUCCCUGGAAUCAUAUCUACCUCGAGAUUUAUGAAAGCUGGAGAUCUGGUCUCGGUGUAUUCAGAUAUUGAAGGGAAAUGUAAGAGAGGAGCCAAAGAGUUUGAAGGAUUCAAAGUUUUUCUUGGAAACGGGAUUUCAGAACUGAGUCGCAGUGAAAUCUUUAGUUCAAGUGGCCCUUUGAAAGGGUUGGGCGUAAGGAUGAUAGAGCCAGUCUACCUUAGUCCUUCAUUUGACAACGUGCUCCCUAGUCAUUUGUUUUUACAGAAUUUACCUUCUGUGGUUGUGAGCCAUAUUUUAAACCCUCAACCAGGAGAGAAAAUUUUGGAUAUGUGUGCUGCACCUGGAGGAAAAACAACACAUCUUGCAACAUUAAUGCACGACCAGGGUGAAGUAAUAGCCAUGGACAAGAUAGCUAACAAGGUCAAAAAAAUCCAGCAGAAUGCUGAAUUGCUGCAGUUGAAUUGCAUUAAGGCCUUUUGCUAUGAUGGAACAAAGGCCCUUUCAGUUGAGAAGAGCGAGGGUGAACAAGAAGGGCCUCCAUUCUUACCAGAGUCAUUUGAUCGAAUUCUUCUUGAUGCUCCAUGUAGUGGGAUGGGACAGAGACCAAACAUGGCUUAUUCUUCAACUUUAAAGGAAGUGACCUCUUACCAGCCACUGCAGCGCAAGCUUUUCACUGUGGCAGUGAAAUUGCUGAAGCCAGGAGGUGUUUUAGUAUAUAGUACAUGUACAAUUACACUUUCUGAAAACGAGGAGCAAGUUGCCUGGGCCCUGGAAACUUUUCCAUGCCUCCAGCUUCAUCCACAGGAACCUCACAUUGGAGGAGAAGGCAUGAAGGGAGCUGGACUGUCACUUGACCAGUUGAAGCUGUUGCAGAGAUUUGAUCCAUCUGCUGUGACGUUGCAAGGAAUGGAUAUUAAUUCUUUGCAAGAUUCCAGAGAAGAUGAUCUGAUUUCAUUGGCAAACAAGGACUGUAUAGGAUUUUUCAUUGCAAAAUUUAUUAAAUCGAACAGUAAAUAAGGAUUUAGGAAUGCAACCUGAAAAAACACCUAGCGAGCCUGAGAACAGUUGAGACCUGAAGUGUGUUUCUUCCUGCUGCAAUGUUGCCAAGCCAACGGGGCUGACGGCAGGGUUGCUAUGGCAGCACUGAAAUCUGCCAGCUGUUCUGAUGGGAAAGAGCCACAGGUUGCAGCAAGAAAGUCAUGGCUGGGGGAAGGGGAGUAUCAUUUUUAAGUCUUCCUUUGCUUUUGUAUUUACAGCAGGACAGUGCCUGAAUGACAAAUAAGUUCACUCAUACUGUUGUCUCUUUCCCAUUUAAGUCACUUAUCUGGUACA